UGCAAUGGCAGUCGUCAGAUGCCAUGGUCGUAUACCUGUUCCAUUUUGUUGUGCUGGUCGUUUGCUAGGCAGCAACAGUUUCACCGUUCAUUCCACGAAGUGAUUUCAGUAGUUCGUCACCCGUUUUUAAGUGCGUGUUGUAUCUGUACAAAUUUUAGUGCGAGAUUAAAAUCAAAUAUUAUUUAAGAAUGCGUAUAGAAUGAAUAUUUGAUUCGUGUGUUCGUGUGAUAAUCGUUUUUAUGCAGUGAUUAAUGAUUAUGAUGAAAACUGCAAUGUCGUACUACAAACAUAAUAUCAGAUUACAAUAAAUUCCUAUUAUAAUAUAUAUUGCAAUGGACAAUUGGACUUGUACGGAUGUGUGAUUGAUUACCCAGAUGUCUAGCGCCAAUCAGGCGAACGCCGAGAGAGAAGUAUGACGCACGCGGGCCGUUUGUCGCCGGUAAUAUGCCCGCUAGCAAAGCUGGGACGGUCGUCUCCCGGUUCUCUGGAGUUUACACCCUCGGUUCGGAACGUACCGUUCCACCACCCGUACACGGUGUUAGAAGCCGAGACUAGCUUCACGUAUAGCCCGACGUUACGGUGCAGCUCGCCGUGUUUGGACCAAGGUUACCACACGUUAGUGACCGGCGGCGGUGUCGGCGAUUGCGCCAAUCUGCCACUGCACUCUACAGCCACCAAGCACCGGCGGUCGCAGUCGCGGACGGUCAUCGGUUCGAACUUUGAUCGGCUCCGAGAUGAGCUGGUUCUCAAGGUAUUCUCGUACCUCAACAGCGCGGACCUUUGUGCGUGCGCGGCCGUGUGCCACAGAUGGGAGAACCUUGCGUGGGAGCCCGUCCUGUGGCGGACGAUCGCUCUGUGCGGCGAGAACACCUGCGGCGACAAGGCGGUCAGGUGCGUGUUGCGCCGACUGUGCGGCCGCACCAGGACCGGCGCGUGUCCCGAGGUGCAGAGGCUGUUCCUCAGCGACGGCACCAAGAUUUCCGACAAGGGACUGACGGCGUUGGCCAGGCGGUGUCCCGAGCUCACGCACGUCCAGCUCCAUGGCAGCCCGAACAUCACCAACGCGGCCAUAUCCGAGUUGGUCGCCCGCUGCCCCAACCUACAGCACCUGGACGUCACCGGUUGCGUUAAGGUGAGCACCGUUGGGGUGUACAGCCGUCCGGAGCCGUCCCUGAGACUGUGCCUGCAGUAUUUGGACUUGACUGACUGCCAGCUUGUCGACGAUGCAAAUCUAUGUGUGAUAGUUAGUAAUUGUCCACAACUAGCCUACUUGUACCUGCGGCGAUGUACUAAAGUCACAGACGCCGGUAUCAAGUUCGUGCCGAGUUUUUGUUCGGCGCUGAAGGAGCUGAGCGUGUCGGACUGCCACCAGGUGACCGAUUUCGGGCUGUACGAGCUGGCCAAACUGGGCGCGCUGCUGCGGUACCUGUCGGUGGCCAAGUGCGAUCAGGUGAGCGACGCGGGGCUGAAGGUGAUCGCGCGACGGUGCUACAAGCUGCGGUACCUGAACGUGCGCGGCUGCGAGGCGGUCAGCGACGACGCCAUCACGGUACUAGCGCGGUCGUGCGCCCGGCUCCGCGCGCUCGACAUCGGCAAGUGCGACGUGAGCGACGCUGGCCUCCGGGCGCUGGCCGAGAGCUGUCCCAACCUGAAGAAGCUCAGCCUCCGCAACUGCGACCUGGUCACCGACCGCGGAAUACAGCUGAUCGCGUACUACUGCCGCGGACUGCAGCAGCUCAACAUACAAGACUGUCAGAUAUCCGCGGACGGAUACAAGGCCGUGAAGAAGUACUGCAAGCGGUGCAUCAUCGAGCACACCAAUCCCGGUUUCUUCUGAACGACCACGUUGUAUAUACUUGGAUUGUAUACUGGGUGAUCCGUUUUUAACAUAUUAAUAUUUUUUAACGACGUAAAAUUAUGUAAAAAAAAAAAAAAUUGUAUUAAAAACGUCAGUAGUUUAAAGUUUUUAAACAAUUAAUGUCGUUAAAUAGAUCACCCGGUAUACUUAGGGUCGUAUACAGCGGGGCGGUACCGUCCGAUAAAUAUUUUUAUAUAACGUGUGUGUCUCAUAAUGUAUAGAAUAAUAAUUUUAAUAAUUGUAAAAAAUAAUGCGCAAGUCGGUGUGGAACGGGUACAAGGUAUAUUAUUAUGAUGUAAUUAAUAUUAUUAUCGCAUAGGCGCAAAUUAGGUACCUAAAUUAUGUGGGACCUCUUGAGAAGGUCAGGACAUCCCCGCUGCAAGACGAAAAAGUUAUGCUAAAAUUGAAAUUUGGGUUUUUGAGCCGUUUCUCUAUAUUAAUCACAUUUGCACCAAUUAUUUUAAUAUUACGUUUGUAUCGUCGUCGCCCACGCCGAUACGUUUAUAUUAUUUAAGUAUCAGUCUGUAUAAACGACGGACCUUAUCGCAAGACACUGCCCAUAUGCAUUACUAUUAGGUAUAUCAUUAUAUUAUUAAAUCAGUAUUAUAUUUAAACUUUCCCGAUAGGUCCCUAAGUAAUAUACACUCUGAUCGUAAGUCUGUAGAUGUUUUUUUUAAACUUUUUAUAUUAAUUGUGCGUCCAGAAUCGAUGUUAGUGCCUGCCGCUUGAUGCCAAACUGCCAAAGUUAUGACUUAUCACAUAGGUAUAAUCCUAAAAUGCGUUUAUUGAUCUUUUAUUUCACAUUUUCCAGAUUAAAUCUAUUAUGUGACCUGAUUAUGUUGAUAAUUAUUACUGUGGAAGGAGAUUUGUUUUGUAAAAAUCUACGUUUUGCAUAUCCAGUAACUUAUAUUUUAAUAAUUAUUGCCUGUGUAAUAACUAAUAACAAUUAGGUACUAAUUAGUAUCUGUACGGCUAUACUUGAUUCUUAGCUAUUUAUUUUAGCCAAUAUAAAAGAUGUAGCUUACAAAUAUAUACAGGUACUUUUUCGGAACAGACUUAAUUCCAUGAUUCAAACUGGUUAGAUGUUAUAUUCAUAUAAAAUAUAAUCAUCUUAAUUUCAGCCAUAAGUGUUUAAAUAUAUUAAUAUUCUUGAAUUCUGCGUAAGCAAAAUAAUAUUAUGGUCAUGCAUACGGAAUAUGUAAAACGUAUCAUGCAGCUCAAAUAAUAAAAUUAUAGGAAAUGCCAUUUAAUAAUUAGGUACUUCAACAGAAACAAAUAUGAACAUUAUAUGCUCCAUCUAUCCUUAUUUUAAAAUACAGUUCUUUAUUUAUUUAUCUUUAGAUUUGUUUAGUGGCUAUAAUUGUCAGAGGCCACUUAUGUUUCUUUGCGAUAUACGUAAUAAAUAAUAAUAUAAGUACUAAGUAGUCAUUUGUUACUAUUGAUUUGCUUAAUCUAAUUAUUUAUCAUCAAAUACUAUUAUAAAAUGCAAAUUAUAAUUUGCAUUUACAUUUACAUAAUCGUAAGAAUAAAUUAAGAAUGAAACAAAAUUAAUUUGACAAGGUAUUGCUGUUACCACAGAAAAAUAUAAAAAUAUUUGACCGAGAACUAUAACUAACGUUCGGGAUGUUUCACACUCAUAUUAACUGUAGACUACAUUAAAAUUAAAAGUACAUGUCUGAAUAUAUUGUACAAAUUAAAUAUUGAAAUAUGGUCAUCAAUUGACAUUGUAAUAUAUUGUAAAUUGUAAUAUUAUUAAUCUUUAUUUCCAAUCAUAAUUAAGGUGCCAUCUAAUUUGUCUAAAUGUUGCCAUUCAACUUUUGAAGAAGAAAAAUAAACUACUUAUGUAUUAUUUUAAUAUUAUUUAGUAAAAUGUUAUUUUAAGUGGCCAACAUAAUAUUUAAAUGAAAUCUUUUCAUUUUAUUAGACGACUGUGUUUUUUAAUAAGUCUGAUCACAAUUUAAAACUUUUAUAGUUUAUAUAUUAUAAUGUUGUCUGGUUAGAAUUAAAAUUAUUAUAUUGUAAGUGCUUUAUCACAAAAUGCAGUAUUCAUAUUAAAAUAGAAUACAUUUUAUAAAUAUAUGUACAAACAAAUUGAGUGUACAAAACUGUUAGUAAACAUUUUAAAUAACUUUUAUAUUUAUAAUAACAAAGUUUCAACUGUUUUUGUUUUAA